AUGACUCUCACCGUGUUAACCGACGACCAGAUCUCGGGGCUGGUCUCCAACUUGACCAAGGAAGAGCUCCAGAGGUUUAUGGGGGUUUUGAGAGGGGCGUUGCACGAGUAUUCGACCUCCACGACUGUCCCCUCUAAAGAAAAUGCUGCCGUCACCGCCGCCCCGGAGAUCCACCAGCCGGAGAGGACGGCGAUAAACAGCAAGGCCACCGGGGCUACGACGUUGUUCAUGCCGAGUUCUAGCUCUGUCGGGACGGGGAUGAAAGUCGUCACGUUGACCUCCCCUUCUGCCGAAGGGGAUGAAGACGCACGCCCAAAGGAAAACAUCAAACCCACCGGCGCGAUAACGUUGUUCUCACCUCACGGCACGCCCCUUGGAUUCCUCCACGCCUCUACUCUGACGGCCUUUCGCACCGCGUUGGCUUCCCUGCUGCUCAUCUCGAAGCGAGACCCCUCGUCCCAUUUGAAAACCAUUACCGUUUUUGGGACUGGCGCCCAGGCGUACUGGCAUAUCCGGCUCUCUUUGCUUUUGCUGGGGCAGCAUAUCCACCAGGUCAACAUUUUGUCCCGGUCGUUCUCGCCGCCGGUGUCCUCCCUCCUCAAGUCGUUUUUGACAUGUCCAAACAGGGAGAAGGAAGGCUGGGAAAACACCCAGUUUUCGGUUUUGACGCCGGCGCAUAAUGAGUAUGAGAGGUUGCUGAAGGAGCAAUUGCUGGAGUCAGAUGUGAUUAUCUGUUGUACUCCGAGCACGAAACCGCUGUGGGAUGGGGGGAUUCUGACCAGUCAUGAGGGGAGGCAGAAGGGGAGGUUGAUUGUGGCUAUUGGGAGUUACAAGCCGGAUAUGCAGGAGAUUCCGCAGGAGGUGAUACAGCAGGCGUUGAAGAGGCAUCAUCACGGGGUGGGGGGGAAGCAUCACUGGCAUUGGCAUAAGCAUGCCGAGGAGGGGGGGGUUGUGGUUGUUGAUACGUUGGAUGGGGCGUUGAAGGAGGCGGGGGAGUUGAUUCGGGCGGGGUGCAGGCCCGAGAUGUUGGUUGAGUUGGGCGAGCUGGUGAUGCUUAAUGAUUAUCACGAGCACCGUCACCAUCGGCAUCACAGGGAUGAGAAGGAGAAUAACAAACAAGAGGUUGGGGAGAAGGGCGAGGAGCAGGAUAAGGAUCACUGGAAACUGGCCAAGUGGCUUGCGGAAGGGAAUGUCAUUUACAAGAGUGUGGGCUUGGGGCUGAUGGAUUUGAGUGUGGGGAUGGAGAUUGUGAGGUUUGCUGGGGAGAAGGGCGUGGGGAGUCGGAUCGAGGGGUUCUAG